UAUUAACGCUACAUACACCGCACGCCCCUUUUCUGACAACUAAUGUAGCAGAUGAUUUAGGAGCCUACAUAAAGCAGCGCGGCGUGUCGCAGCCAGAUGAAGUGUCAAUGAUGACUCUGCGAGGUAAAGUGGCUCUAGUUACGGGCGGAGCGCAAGGUAUCGGUAGAGCCGUAGCAGAAAGCCUACUGAAGAAUGAAGGAAAGGUUGCACUUGUUGACUUGAAUCAAAGUGUCGGAGAGGAAUGCAAGAAGAUUUUAGAUGGAGAGUUUGGAGAUGGGAACUGCAUUUUCAUUCAAUGUGAUGUGACGGACAGAUUGAAACUUAAAGAUGCUUUUCAAAGUACAGUCGACCGGUUUGGAAGAUUGGAUAUUGUCGUCAACAAUGCUGGCAUCAACAAUGAGAAGGACUGGGAGAAGACCAUUGAAGUGAAUCUGACAUCAGUCAUCAAGGGAACUUACCUGGCCCUGGAUCAUAUGAGCAAAGAGUAUGGAAAAGAAGGAGGAGUUAUCAUCAAUGUCUCAUCAAUGGCAGCUUUCCUUCAUUCCCCCCAUCAGCCAGUGUAUACAGCCACAAAGCACGGGGUGAUAGGCUUUUCCAGAGCAAUAGCGGAUGCAGCAGAGGUGGAGAACUAUGGUGUGAGGAUCAACACCCUGUGCCCUGCCUUCGUGGACACCCCUCUCCUGCGGUCCGUGGAACACGAGGACAACAUGGGCAAGUUCGUCAAGUUCAAGGAUGACUUCAAAAGGAGCAUGCACAAGUUUGGAGUGCUUCAGCCGUCACUGAUCGCAGAGGGAGUGUUGCGUCUGAUAACUGAUACCAGUCUAAACGGCGCCGUGAUGAAGAUCACCUGCUCCAAAGGGAUCCACUUCCACACCUACGAGCCCCUGUCUGCCUGAGAGGAACAACACCGAAUACCGUCGGAUUUCUGUCACCCACCCAGACAAAGGAACUUAAAGUUGUCGGAGUGGUAUGGAGUCAUUCAGAAAGUAGGCCCAUGUGUCUAUGGAUCCUAUAGGGGGAAUUGGUAGAAAUGUAGGCCCAUAGAAUUAGGAAUUAGAAUAGUCAUUUAAUGGGAUCUCUAUGUGUAUGCCUAAAUUGGAUGUAACCAAUAUUCCAGUAGUCUCACUUAAUGGGUGUGAACAGCGGUAGACAAAGAGGGCUUAGUAUUCGGGUUUCCCUCAUCAUAAAAUCCUCCAGUUGAUUUGACUAGUAUGAGAGAGACUUAUUCUUGCAGGUACACAUUGACUGCUAUAAUGACACCUUUUAUCUUUAAAUGUACAGUGUACAUUUCUGUGUUUUAAGAUUUUUUUGAUUACCGUAUUUUCCACACUAUAAGGCGCACCAGAGUAUAAGCCGCAGCAGCUAAAUUGAAUGAUAUUGAAUGAUGUGUACAUAUAUAAGCCGCACUGGACCAUAAACCG